CUGCAAUUCUGAUCUUCUCGGCUGUUCCUUCGCUUCACUUUCGCAAUAUAUCAGGCCAACUAGGAUCCUCUCAAUCUAUUUGCGUUUCUUCCAUCUUCAAAUCCCUUUUUGCCAAACACGAGAUAAGACACAGAUCUUGCAUUGCGUCAUGCCGCUCGAGCCAAUCAAUCCCGUGUCUGACCCACGCAUAGAGCGCAAGACGGCAGUGCUCAAUGGCUUCACCUAUCACUAUCUCUAUGGUGUUCCACCUGGGGAAAAGCUCAUAGCUACAGUGUUUCUGAUUCAUGGUUGGCCAGAUCUUAGUCUCGGAUGGAGGUAUCAGAUUCCGCUGCUCCUAGAUAUGGGGUUCAGGAUCGUAGCUCCGGAUAUGAUGGGAUAUGGUGGCACGGACGCCCCAAAGGUCCCGCCCAACCCCAUCAACUUAUAUGGUCUGAAGAGGGCCUCAGACGACAUUGCUGAGCUUGCCAGGCAGCUGGGCGCAGAGAAGAUCAUACUUGGAGGCCACGACUGGGGAGGAUUCGUCGUGUGGCGGGCGGCGCAAUGGCAUCCAGAGUUGAUAUCGCACGUCUUUUCUGUUUGCACUCCGUAUACGGCUCCUCAGAAAGAAUACUUGUCGCUAGAGGAUCUCGUCAAGAGCGCUUUGCCACAGUUCGCCUAUCAGAUCCAUCUCGCUUCUGGUGAGGUGGAGAAAAGUGUCAAUUCCGAAGAGUCGGUAAGGCAAUUUCUCAAAGGAUUGUACGGUGGAAGAGGGCCCAAUGGGGAGUACGCUUUCGAUCCGCACAAGGGUGUCUUGCCAGAGAACCUAUCAAAAAUUGGCAAUAGCAAGAUAUUGAAUGGCAAAGUACUCGACUACUAUGUGAAAGAGUAUUCGCGACAUGGAAUACACAGUACCUUAAAUUGGUAUCGGACACGAAUGGUGAACUGGGAGGAGGACCUCGCGUUACAGGAUAAGAAAACAAUUUCAAUCCCUACACUUUUCGUGCAGGCGACCUACGACUCAGUCUUGAAACCCGAGAUGUCAAAAACCAUGGAGGCCUUUCUACCGAAUCUAACUAGAGGAGAGGUGGCGGCUACGCACUGGGCUUUGACGCAGAAACCAGAAGAAGUCAACGCCAUUCUCAGGAAUUGGCUGAAAGGUCAGGGAUUCGGGACCAAGAGUUCUUUGUAAGCGGCUUCCAAUGGUCUACUCGGGAAAACGUCUAUUUGAGGUGAAGAUGCGGUGAGGAUCUCUACAUUCCUGCUAAGUGUGGCUGUCGAUAUGAAGCGAGGUGUGCGGCUCAAAGGUCGUGGUUCCUGUGCGAUAUCGGGAUCGAUAGGUAGCUAGCGAUUCAGAACGGCUGAGCAAGCACGCGAGUGUUGAGACCCUUGAAUUCUGCAUCUCGUCGGGCUU